GAAAUCUAUUAUCGCAUCGGAUAAGAAAGAAGAACAUCACGUGUUCUCUCUCAACGAAGACGACUCUCUCCCUCCGAUCUCAAAACCAAUACUUUCAUUGAAUUUCCCCGGAGAAGCUCAGAUCCUCGCCGGCGAAACAACCCUCAGAUCCUUAUCGAAAUCUCAACCUCCGUAGACGGAAGAGACCCAGCUGCAAAGAGUCAAAUUUUGUAAGAAUCCAAUGAAUCAAGAAAACGCUGGUUAUGGAGAUAAUCAGAAGCUACUUCACCAGGGAAGCGGGACUAUUCCUGCUCUUGCUGAUGAAGAGCUCAUGGGGGAAGAUGAUGACUAUGAUGAUCUCUAUAGCGAUGUUAAUGUUGGUGAGAGCUUCUUCCAAGCUCAUAAUCAACCUCAAGCACCAGCUCAAGUCGGUGGAAGUAUUCAAGCUCAGAAUAGUAAUGUUUCUGAACCGAGAAUGGCAGUUGUAUCUGGAGGUGGAGUUGAAGGGAAGUAUGGUAAUGGGAUCAGUGGACCUGAGACAAGAUCAGAUACUUAUCCGCAAGGAUCUUCUUUUGGACCAAAAGGGAUGAAUGUUGAUGUCCAGUCCAACCAACCCAACAAAGUUAAUCCACAAGGAUCAACAUCUAUUGUGUUGAACACGCAUAGUUUUUCAGGGAAUGCUGUGAAUGUGCCUGAGCCUCCUCCUGUGCAUAACGCUUAUGGUGGUGCUCCUCAAGGUGCUCAGCAGAUUCCUGUUAGCCAGACGAGUGUGAAUCCAAGCGCAAUGGUGAACAGAAGCCCCACGCAGCCGUUUGUUGUGGACAAUGGGAACACCAUGCUUUUCGUGGGGGAGUUGCACUGGUGGACGACGGAUGCAGAGAUUGAGAGUGUUCUUUCUCAGUAUGGAAGAGUGAAAGAGAUCAAGUUUUUCGACGAGAGAGUUAGUGGUAAAUCCAAAGGGUAUUGUCAGGUUGAGUUUUACGAUUCAGCUGCUGCAGCUGCUUGCAAAGAAGGAAUGAAUGGGUUUGUUUUCAACGGUAAAGCAUGUGUUGUAGCCUUUGCUUCUCCCGAGACGCUGAAGCAGAUGGGAGCUAACUUCACUGGGAGGAACCAAGGACAAAACCAAAUGCAAAACAGAAGGCCUUUGAAUGAGGGAAUGGGAAGAGGCAACAACAACAAUAACAACAACAACAACAUGAAUACGCAAAAUGGAGACGGUGGAAGAAACUUUGGGAGAGGUGGUGGGUUUGCACGUGGUGGCCAAGGAAUGGGAAACCGUGGAGGUCAUUGGGGUGGUGCAGCGAGAGGCAGAGGGAUGAACAACAUGGCUAACGGUGCUGGUGCUGGACCGUAUGGCGGCCCUGGACUCGCUGGUCCAGCGUUUGGUGGUAUGAUGCAUCCACAGGGUAUGAUGGGAGCUGGUGGGUUUGAUCCUACAUUCAUGGGUCGUGGUGGUGGUUAUGGAGGGUUUCCUGGUCUUGCUUACCCCGGGAUGCCUCAACCUUAUCCCGGUGUUAAUCCAAUGGGAAUGGUUGGGAUUGCUCCUCAUGUUAAUCCCGCCUUUUUCGGGGGCGCGGGGAUGGGAACGAUGGGUAACGCAGGGAUGAACGGAGUUCAUGCAGGAGGGAUGUGGAACGAGGCUAGUGGAGGAGGUGGUGGUGGUGAAGAGGGUGGCUCUGAAUACGGUGGGUAUGAAGAUGAAAACCAAGAGAAAGAAGAGAAGCCAUCACGUGAGAAAGAGCGUUCUACCACGGAACGUGACUGGUCUGAGAGCAGUGGUGGUGAUAGAAGACACAAGAGUCACCGUGAGGAGAAAGAUAGUCACCGCGAGUAUAAGCACCGUGACUCUGAAGAGUACGAUAGAGGACAGUCUUCUUCCAAGUCUCGAAGCAGAUCAAGAAUGUCGGAAGAUGAUCAUAGGUCCAGGUCAAGAGAUGCAGACUACGGAAAGCGAAGGCGAGGAGACUGAAAAGGAACAUCUGAUGUUCUUCCUGCCUCUUCUCUUGUUGCUGCAUCUAAACAAUACGGUUUUAAGUUACUCUGCAUACUGCAUCAAACUACUUAUCAUCAUCAAAUAUUUGAUACAAUGUUUCUCUAUACCUUGUUUGCUGAUAAUCUGUCUUUGGAGUUGAGCAUAUAUAUGUGUAAACUAUGUUUUUGUUUUUGUUAAAGUUUCAUUUGUUACUGCAAACACUUUGAUCUAGGAAGCUGUUGUAAAAGAGAUCUUUAUUAUUUGCUCUUA